AGAAAAGGUAGUCUAAUGCAUUGGCAUUAGAACAGUUCUGAGUUCUAUGUUGGUAUUAUUUUAAGCAGAAUAUCAUUGAAUAGUUGGUAUCUCAAAAAAUAAUGAGCUAAUGAGAGAUCAUCAUUGAUAACUCAGGUUCAAUUUAGGAUACAAGUGGCUGCAGGAGCUUCACCAGCGGUUGUCGCUGUGUAAUCAGCAGAAAAUUUGAGGGCAACAUGGCUAAUUCUAGACAGGCUUGGCCAAAAUCAAAUCAGGAUGAGAAAAUUGUAUUUUAUAGAAGAUGAAAUGAAACUACUGCAAGUGGAAUCAACACAGACAAGAAACCAAAGACUUAGAUUCUUCAAACUCAUAGCUAAUUAGAUUGCAAAUGGAUUGUUUAAUAGAAGCAGCAAUUCCCUGUUAAAUAUAUACUGAUUCAAAAAGAUCAUUUAUGGAACAGGAAGAUGUAGAAAAACAAGAUAAUCUUUCUGGAAAAGCUUUCAUGUGGGAUAUCGAGGAUGAAGAGGAAUAAUGGCCUAUUGAGAGGGAACAAAGUUUUGUGUUACUUAUGAUGAUAUGAUGCUAGGGGCCCCAGAAGAAGAUCUUUUCAGCAUUGAACUUUUCCCAACAUGUCAAGCAGAAGCAAAUCAAGUGAGUCAAAAUCAAAUACUCGCAUAUACCAGCAGUUUUGCAGAUUCAAAUACAAGGUUGCAAGCUAAGGAAACUGGAAAUCCAGCAUGCAUCAUUUGUGAUAAUAGAAUGCAACUUGUUAAAUGGAGAAAAGAUUUCACAUAUGUGGAACUCUAUGCUGCUACAGAUGGAUUCUCGUCAAAGAACAAUCUAUCUGAAGAUGGUAUUGAAUGUGCUUUCAGAGGUCAGCUAGAAAAUAAGCUGAGGAUUGUGAUUAAGCCUGCACACAACAAAAUAUACUUUGAAGAACCAAAGAAAUUUGAGUCAGAAAUAGAAACACUCAGCAGAGUUAUACACAAGAACUUGGUCAUGCUGCUAGGAUGCUGUGCAGAAAGAAGUAGGCUGCUUGUAUAUGAGUAUGCGUGCAAUGGUUCACUUAAUCAACAUUCAUCAAGUAAGGAGAAACAAAUGGAAAAAAACCUUCUGAAUCAGCUUUUUCAAUAAAUACUUGGCAUUAUAAACAGGGUUCAAAGUUAAUACUAUACUAUACAAAUGGCUUCAUGUGAAGCAGAAUGUCAACCUAUGCCAUUGAGUCGGACAGAGAGGCCAAAAGUAGCACUUGGUGCAUCCAGAGGUCUACAUCAAAACAACAUCAUUCACAAAGACAUACGACCAAGUAACAUUCUUCUAAACCAUGGUUUUGAGCCACUGCUUGGAGAUUUUGGGAUAGAAACAAUGCGAUCAGAUGAUCAGAACUUUCAGACAUCUAGGUAUUUAGCUCCAGAAUAUCUCGAGAAUGGAACAUUCUCUACUCAGAUAGAUGUAUACUCGUUUGAUGUGGUUCUACUUGAGCUCAUAACUGGCCAGAGGACCAUGGACAAGAAGAUGGAACAAAAAGGUUUUUUGACAUGGGUGGUUUCUACUCUUGAAUACACAAUAGAAAGCAAGCCAGGCAGUUUAAAUGAAGACCAUCGGCCAUUAAAAUCAUAUUUGCCAUACAAUUGUGUCAAGACAGUCGAACAAGAAAGUUGGUAUGAAGAUAUAGAUAUCACAAGUCUGAAGAGAAGUAGAUCUUUCUCAGCAAAUGUUUGGACAUGCCAAAAUUUUGGCAAUACUUCUUCAGCUGAUGGAAAAAGCUAUAAAUUUGUAAGAGCAAGAACGCGAAGAGCAAGUCGAGUGCAUUAUGCUCAACUGAAUCAUUCAAACUACUCUAUGGACAAACUCAAUCUCUCAUUUUUAUCUUAUUGCUCUUGCAAUAAAAUAAUAAUAAUAAGUUUGUUUUUAUUCGUUCGUGAUGAAAAUCUUAAACAUUUCCUAGAAUAAUAACUAAGAUAACAAAAAUACAAAAUCAAGAUUUCCCAACAAUCAAAAUCGAGGUAGGAUACUCUCUCAACAACAAAUUU